UUCAACAUCGACAUUCGAAGUGUCUGGAUCGUUUAUUUUAACUAAAUCUUCUAGAAGGUUUUUCUGAAAGGAAUUGUUUCUCAGGCAAAACAAAUGAUGCAGCAUGUAGUGCUUUUUCUCCUCGGAGCUCAUCUUGCCUCUGCUGGAACACACUCUCUGAGAUACUACUACACUGCUGUGUCUGGAGUCAGUGACUUCCCAGAGUUCACUUCAAUUGGUCUGCUUAAUGAUCAGCAGUUUACAUACUUUGACAGCAACACAAAGAGAACUGUGCCGAAGACAGAGUGGAUGAAACAGAGUGUAGGAGCAGAUUACUGGGACAGUGAGACUCAGAUUGAUAUUGGCUACCAUCAGAGCUUCAAAAACAACAUCCAGGUCGCAAUGAAACGCUUCAACCAGUCAUCAGGUGUGCACACUUUCCAGCAAAUGUACGGCUGUGAUUGGGAUGAUCAGACUGGAGAAACAAAUGCAUUACAGCAGUAUGGUUAUGAUGGAGAGGACUUUCUGUCUCUGGAUCUGAAGGAGAUGAGAUGGAUUUCUCCAGUGAAGCAAGGAACCCUCACUGUAGAUAAAUGGAACAAGAACACAGCUCUUCUUGAGAGAGACAAAGGUUACUUCAGCACUGAGUGCAUCGAGUGGUUGAAGAAGUAUCUUCAGUAUGGAAAGAGCAGCCUGAAGAAAACAGUCUCUCCUCAGGUGUCUCUGCUGCAGAGGUCUUCCUCGUCUCCAGUCGUGUGUCAUGCUACAGGUUUUUACCCCAAAGAUGUAACAAUCUCCUGGAUGAAGAAUGACCAGGAGCAUCAUGAGGAUGUGGAGGUUGGACAGCUUCUUCCCAAUGAGGACGGGACCUUUCAGAAGACCAGCACCAUCACAGUUACUCCUGAAGAGCUGAAGAAGAAUGAGUUCAUCUGUGUGGUGGAGCAUCAGGGCAAAACCUUCAGAGAGAUCCCGAAAGAUGAUUCUCUUCCCAUCGGCAUCAUCGUUGGUGUUGUUCUGGCUCUGAUUCUGUCGGCUGUCAUCGGUGUCGUUGUGGAUAAAGUGUAUCAGAAAAAGAAAGGCUUCAAACCUGUCAAUGCCUCUGAUGAUGGUUCAAACAGCUCGGCUCGUACAGAUCCACAAGCAUAGAGAUGGGACUAGAAGUGUUGGAGAGAUGAACU